GUUGUUGCCACGCCUGCUGUUUUCCGGAACGUCAUUGGUCUGUAACUUUUUGUGCAAUUUUUAUUUGUCGCUCUUGCGUGCUGUUCGUUCUGCAAAAAUUAAACUUUUGUGUCAUUUACCGUGGUUAUUAAUUGUGCAGUCUAUCGCUAAAUCACUGAUAAAAGUACCCGUUAUCUGUUUUUUGUUCAAUCAAGGAUAGAAGGAGGAAGGUAUGUCAACCGAGGAAGAGCCGAGAUUGGAAGCUGAGGGCGAAGAGACGCCUGAUGUGGAUGCCAACUACCAGCCACCACCUCAGAAGACCAUUGAGGAGAUCAUGGCUGCGGACCAGGAGGACGAGAGCUUGAGAAAGUACAAAGAGGCUCUUCUGGGAAAAGCUCAGGCAGAGAAAAUUGUUGUAGACGCAACGGACGCCAGGAAAGUAAUUGUGAAGCAGUUAGCCCUUUGUGUUACUGGACGUCCGGACAUGGUAUUGGAUCUCACGGGGGAUAUCUCAAAGCUCAAAAAGAAAACGUUUACGAUUAAAGAGGGAGUUCACUAUCGCAUCCGAAUUGACUUUAUUGUGCAGCGAGAAAUCGUCCAUGGACUCAAGUAUGUCCAGAAGACACUGAGAAUGGGCGUUCCAGUGGACAAAAUGGCGCAUAUGGUAGGCUCUUAUCCACCUAAAGUUGAUCUCCAGAGCUACACGACACCUCCCGAGGAGGCUCCGUCCGGAAUGAUGGCCAGAGGCACCUACUCAGUCACCUCCCUGUUCACGGAUGACGACAAAAAUGAGCACCUCAAAUGGGAUUGGAGCUUCGAGAUCAAAAAAGACUGGAACUGAGCACGAGUCAAAUCAUCUUCCAGGAUAUAAAAUUCGUUAGCAUUUUCUGUUGUCGUUUUUCCCAAUUAGCAAUAUCGCAGAAUCAACAAAAAACAUAUUCAUUUAAUAGAAAAUACAGCUAAAAACAAGUGAUUUUAAAUGUUCAAAGUUUUUUUCUGUGUGAAAUACAAUCGUUGUUUCUUUGAAGAGAUGCUCAAAAAAAAUUGUAUCAGGAAUUAUAUCGAAAAUAAAAUUAAAUGUUAAAAAUAAA